AUGUCUGCCACCUCCGAUCCUCCCUCCUCUUCCCCCUCCUCAACCCCCACCCACAUCCGCAUCUUCACCCUUAACUGCUGGGGUCUUAAAUACAUCGCCAAACACCGAAACGCCCGCCUCGCUGAAAUUGGCCGCCAGCUCGCCAUUGCCUCUCCGCCGCCCGAAAUCGUCGGUCUUCAAGAAUGCUGGACACAAGAAGACUACGAAUCCAUCCGUCAGCAGACCCGACACAUCCUACCUUACGGAAAGUUCUACUUCGGCGGUAUCUGGGGCGCUGGCCUCGCCAUCCUCUCCAAAUGGCCCAUCGAAGAAAGUAGCAUGUUCGCAUACCCGCUCAACGGGCGUCCCACGGCCUUUUUCCGCGGCGACUGGUACGUCGGGAAAGGCGUGGCAUGUGCGCGCGUCCGCUUCGGACCCGGAGUCCAAGACGUCGCGGAGGUGUUCUGCACGCAUUUACACGCCCCCUACGAGCGAGAACCCAACGAUUCGUAUAUCUGUCAUCGAACGGCACAGGCGUGGGAAAUCGCGAAGCUUAUGCGCGGGGCUGCGGAGCGCGGACAUCUAGUCAUCGGUCUGGGCGACUUCAACAUGCUGCCGUCAUCGUUCGCGCAUCAAUUGAUCCAGGCUCACAGCCCCGUCCGAGAUGCAUGGCAGGUCCUGCAUCCGGAUUCCUCGGUCGGCGCGGCCAUUGACCCCGUCGAGCAGAAACGGGGCAAGCCCGUUCCUUCAGCGGAAUACAACCUCACGGAGAACGGCGCCACCUGCGACGGAAAAUUCAAUACCUGGCGGUGGUCCAAAGAAGAUCAGAAGCGCCUCGAAAAAGGCCAAGACAUCGUCGUCGACAAAGAUGCUCCAUGUCCCAAGGGCAAACGCCUCGAUUACAUCUUCGUCGGAGACGGCAACUACCCCCCAUUAUACCCGGCACCGCGCUGGUCCGUCGAAUCCACCCGACUCUCAAUGACAGAGCGCCACCCCACCCUCCGCUGCUCCCUGAGUGACCACUUCGCCGUCGAGGCAGUUAUCACUCGCAUCCCAUCAGAGAAAGCCGCCAACGACACCAGUAUUACCCAUCAUUCCCCUGCCCCCAACGCCGCCCUCACACCCGAUACCUACGACCGCAUCAUCGACAUGAUUCACACGUACGUCCGUCGCGAGCGAUCACAGCGCCGGUGGCGCGUAGCGCAUUUCCUAGCCUCGGUGAUUAUAUCCAUUGGCUGCUUCAUUGGAGUGUGGUGGACAGGCGACCACCUACCAUACGUAGCAUUUAUUUUGGUUCUGGUGAGCACGUUGAGCUUUGGAGCGGGGAUCUUGGAUGGCUUGAUUGGAGGGUUGUUUAUGUCGAGUGAGUUGCGCGCGUUGAAGGAGUUUGAGUGGGAGGUUAGGAAUGCGAAGAUGAUUGCUGAGGCGGUUGGCGGGAAGGGGGAGAAGGCGGAGUAG